CGGAGAUUUAGCCUCUUCCAAAAAAUACGCAGUGGUAGUCAAAAUUAUAGGAAAAUCGGGAACCAAUAAAGAUUUUAUUCACAUCGCUGAGGGGGGAACCACAGAAUGGUCACAUGUCCCUCGCUUCGAAAAGUAGUCAUCGUUAGCCUAGAUCUUUGUCACCAAAGAGCUUACACGCGCCCGUUGGGGAAAGCUAACUGGCAUGGCUAACCAGGAUGUGUGGCGUGGAGGCCAUGUAGGAACCCGGAAAUACUAAUUUUAAUGACUUCUACAGUGGAGCCCAUGUAGGAACCUUGAAUUACUCGGUUUUGCUUCCUCAAGCAUUGGUGUAACCCUUGAAAGGUCAAAGAAGAUUCUUUCCUGGAUGAGAGUGUGUAACCCUGCAGGUGAAGAGUUUUGACAGCUGCAGGUAUCUGUUUAGGAAGGAUAAAGUAGUGCCAUACCUUCAGUAACAUGACCUCUCCAAGAUCGACCCCCCGAGACUUAUUCUCUGUGUUUGUUGGACAUGUACAACAAAGUGUCACCAAGGCUGAUUUGAUGGAGUUAUUCAGCAAAUGUGGCAGAGUUGAAGAUCUCUUUGUUGUGGAAAAUCAGCGAGCUGGAAGCUUCAACUAUGGGUUUGUUCACUUCAAGACAAUUGACAGUGCAGUGAAGGCAGUAACAGAGCUACACCGCUGGCCACUACAUGGAACCAAACUUGUGGUUGAUCUGGCCAAAGACACUUCUAGGAGGAUUGAGAAAGGAGACAUUUGCUUGGACGAUUUGUUUGAGGGAAAGAAGGAAGACUCAUCCACGACUCAUAUUACCAGCAGUCCAGCCAAUGUGAUGUCUGGGACCAACCAAGGGGUCAAAGAUGUGAUGUAUGUGAGCAGGCUGAGGGAGACCUGUGUAUCCCUGGGGAUGCAGGCUAGACUACAAAUGUCACCAAGCUCAGAGAGACAGUUGAACCAUCUAGAUGUGGACUGCCUGAUGUCGAAUAUUAGUAAAGCUGAACGUGGCCGUGUUUCUGCCCUGGCUGAGACACUCCCAGAGGAGGCCAGCAUUGAGAAUGUCACAGAGAAACUCUUGCUUGGGACUGGAGAAGACCUAGCAUUGGGGAGAGAGAGGGUGAAAGACUUUGUAUCAGCCUUGCAUGAUGUGAUGGGUACUGUUAACACCUUCCUGAGAGAGAACCAAAUUGAGGCAUUAGAAGAUGAAGAUAAAACUAAAUUUGUCUUGGAUAGUACAUCGGUCAAUGAAGACAAAGAAUUUCAGAAUGAAGACAACCUAAUGAAAGAAGACCAAGAUGAGGACAACCUAUUGUUGGACCCAUCACACAGGACUGAGAUAAAUGGUAUGGUCAGUGAUGUUGGUCUGAUGAAUUUUGAGGACAUAGCAGACCAAGCCUCUAAAGAGGAAAGCAGCCUUUCUUCCUCUGAUGACAGUGAUACCUGUGUGUUAGGUGGAGAUUCUGGUGUGGAGUCUGAUCAUAAGUCUCCCACUGCGAGUUUGCCUUUCGUUCAGCAUGAAGUUAACCCAGAACUGCAGUCUGAUGUUACAUCUGAGGCAAAGAAACCAGAAAUCCUGUCUUCUGCUGUUGUCCAGAACUAUUUAACCAGAGCUUCCUUUGGGCGAGGGAGGGGAUAUGGUAGAGGCACUCCUGCCGUGAUAGGGAGAGGCAUGGACACCUUCCAGGGCUAUGGCAGAGGUGUUGGGCGUAUGUUUUGAAACAAGUCAAGGACGAUUUGUGGUAGCUGAUGUACAAAUGGAUGCUGUCUGAUGAAAAUUCACGUGUGAGAUUGUAAAGAGCAGCAGGAUACAUCUCUCUAUUGUGGUGGUUAAUAUAGAUGUCUGAAAUUAUCAGUGAUAUUUUACUCCUAGUUUUAACUGAUAAAUUUCAACAUGUAUAGUUUUUCUGACAUUCAAAUCGAACAACAAUGUUCUGCUCAAAUUUCUGUUAACAGAAAAAUGUGAGUGUCUUGUAUACAGUGGUCGAUGUUUAGAACGUAAAUAUCUACUAUCUUACAUCAGUGACUCUUAUAAUCAAAAUCUUUGUAUGAAAAUAAUAUUGUAACAGUACAUAAUUAUACUGUAGAUAAGGAGCAUCAUUUUUGCUCAAUUUAUGGUUAGUGUUAAAAUGAUAUAUAUUUAUAAAAAAUAUCACAUCAGUUUAAUCUAUAAUACUCAGUGGCAGUAAUUAUCAAUUCUGAAAGUUGAUACCUAAGGGUUAACGAUACAAAAUGUUGUUCACAGAGUGGUCAGGUUUUUAGUCAUUACUUCGAUAUCUCAUGAUAUUGAAACAUUGAACAUGAAGCACACGGAAAAGUGCAAUGUUUUUUGAUAAACAGAAAAGAAAUAGUUUCUCGUUGUAUACACUGUUGCAAUUUUGUUGAAUUUAAAAUCAAAUCAUAUACAUUGAAUGUUGCACAAUGUAGGGCUUGGAAAACUUACAGUAAGCUAUAUGACAUAAUGAAAACCAUUAAUAUUCAUUACACUUUAUCACAACAUGUAAUAGUUCAUUUCAAUCAAAUUUAGCAAAAUAUUUCCAGUAAAAAUGUUUAGGAUAACAUUCCAAUUACACAUUUUUGAUAUAUACCAGUAUCAAAAAUAUUAAAGCAUUCCAGUUAUAGAUUUCUAUUAAAAUUUUUGGACAUUGUAAAAUAUUUUCAUUAUUUUGACAAAAUUCAAUACAUCUGAACACUUAUUUUUCCUUAGAUUAGAAAUUAACAGAAUGAAUUCUUGAUCAGUGAAUAUGUUUCUUUAAUGGUACAAAACCUUUUUUAUUGUGGUUCAAAGUGUAUUCUAUAACAUCCAGCCCGAAUGUUAAGUCUUUAUAUUUAUACUAAAAGUAUUUAAUCACACUGUAUUUUUUGAAGUCUUAAGAAUGUAUAAUUAAAAAUAUAUUAUUGUGUCAUAAAUUUUCAUAUGUACUGUUAAAGUUAACACACAGUAUGUUACUGGAACAGUGUUUAGCUGCUAAACAUCUGUGGGUAGAGUCUAACAGUUUAUGUUAUCUAACGUCCAUAUGACUGGGAAGAGUUGGCUGCCCUGGUAACCAUAUGUAACAAGUUCCGUUACCAUAGUUACACAUAAGUUAUAAAGAUUACUGUUACUUUGGCACACUCAAAUUUUAGGGCAUACUUAGGUAACAAAAUAUCCACACCCACCAUACAAUAUACAGAAACUGCAAUAAGUGCAGUCAUUAUUUAGCAGAAUGUGUUUAUUGUGUAAAGUACUGAAAUAAGAUAUCUGUUUGCAUGAAGAUUUUUGAAAGUAUGUAGGAGUAACUAUUGUAUUAUAUAAGAAUUAAUUUUUAUAUGUCAUUGUAAGGUGAUCUUAAAUCCAAGGACAUGUAUAUUUUGUUUGCAGUUAAGUAAUUAUUAAUGUUGAUGGGUUUAAGAUAUACCUUCAAUGACAUGCUGUUGGUUAGUGGAGCUUAAUUGAUACAGUUGGGUCCAUUUGUCUUGUCUUAAAAAAUAAGUUGUUUUCCAGUGCAUGUUGUCAUGGUGACAACAUGUACUUAUCUCUUCCUCUGCAUUACAAUGAUGAAAAAAAAACACGUAAAUGAUAAUUGAAUAUACUAAGUAUUACUUGUAUCUUUUAUAUUUGUAAGCGUCUUUUCUAAGAUCAGUUUUAUGUACUACAUAAUUUUUAACCUAAUAGAGUUCCAUUCAAGAUCACCAUGACAUAUGGUAGUGCUGAAUUGUGGUAGUGCUGAAUUGUGGUAAUCUUGAAUUAAACUUGGUACGAAUAAGGAAGAAAGCUGUAGUGUAGUAUAUAAUGGUCCAUGGUGAGUGCUCUAGAAAAUCUUACCGUAAUUUUAGAUUUUCAAGAUUGAUGUAUAUUUUCAAUAUCUUUUUUGGAAGAUGGUAUAAAAAAAAAUUCCAGAUAUCAUUGAUAUUGGAGGAUGAAUUUCAUUGCUGAAGAUAUACAGAUACCAGCUUCUUUUCUCUGUAAGGUUUGAAAUUUAACAUUGACACCUAUAUUUCACCCACUCUUACAGGGAUGGUUGUGUAAGUUACAUGAUUAAAACCUCUUCCAUUGGCCAUUUGGUCAUCAAAUCUUAUUCAUAUACACUGUAUAUGUAAAAAAUUUAAAACAUUCUCUUGUGUAAUUAUGAAGAUUGUUGUAGGAAUAGGUCACCAAAGCAAUUAGUUUGCUGGUUUGAUUUCUGCAUUAGGUGUUCUGGGAAGCAAUUAGUGGGUGUGUAUAGGGACACUAUAUGUACUAUGGUUUAGUCAAUUUGUUUAAAAAAAAUAAUUACUUUGUUUGUUUUUGAAUUUUUCAGUAAUGAAAAUUUGAUCACACAACUCUCUACUCAAUACAUUUCCCCUCAAUUGUGUAAUCAAUAACUAUUUCCUAAAACCAUUAUCUGUAAAUUGAUGUUAUUACAGGGUGAAUUGAACUAUGGACUUGGACAACUAGUUUUGGCUUAGGAAUCGUCUACUGAAAGAGCUGUUAUGAAGCAAGUGAACUUAAAAUGGGACACUGAUUAUGUAGAAGAUAAAUGAUUGAUAAAGGGAGGUGCUCAUAUAGGAGAAGAGGUGCCUUUUAUAAUAUCUGUUUGACCUAUUAGUUUCAGAAAGUACUUGUAGUUGAAUUAUAUUCAUUUAGAUUUGAUAUAUUUUUUAUAUAGAGUUAGUUCUAGUUUCUCAUUUACUCGGAAUUCUAUUGUUUCCGAAAAUUACUUUACCUUGUUCAGUUCAUUUUCAGUUUGUUAUUAGAAUACAUUUGUAGUUUGAUUCAUAAUUAGAUUAUAGUGGUAGUAGUAAAUAUUAUAUACUUUAAUUGUACAACAUACAACAAGGGGAAAUAGUAUAUUAUGUUAAUGUCCCAAGGGACCCUCAUUAUCUACUGGGGUGAUGGUGUUACUAUAUUGUCCCGAGGGACCCUCAUUAUCUACUGGGGUGAUGGUGUUACUAUAUUGUCCCGAGGGACCCUCAUUAUCUACUGGGGUUAUGGUGUUACUAUGUUGUCCCGAGGGACCCUCAUUAUCUACUUGGGUUAUGGUGUUACUAUAUUGUCCCGAGGGACCCUCAUUAUCUACUUGGGAUAUGGUGUUACUAUAUUUUCCCUAAGGACCCUCAUUAUCUACUGGGGUUACGGUGUUACUAUAUUGUCCCGAGGGACCCUCAUUAUCUACUGGGGUUAUGGUGUUACUAUAUUGUCCCUAAGGACCCUCAUUAUCUACCGGGGAUAUGGUGUUACUAUAUAUUGUCCCUAGGGACCCUCAUUAUCUACCGGGGAUACAUGGUGUUACUAUAUUGUCCCCAGGGACCCUCAUUAUCUACCGAGGUUAUGGUGUUACUUUAUUGUCCCCAGGGACCCUCAUUAUCUACCGGGGAUAUGGUGUUACUAUAUAUUGUCCCUAGGGACCCUCAUUAUCUACAAGAGCUACAUGGGAUAUGAUAUUGUGUUAUUGUCCCUAAGGACCCUCAUUAUUUACAAGACCUAAAGACUCUUGCUUUGGCUUCUUUCCUCUGAUGUUGUGCUGCCAGGUUUCUUGGCUGUGUUGCAUUUAAUAUUUUCUCAACACAAUUCAAAGUUUUCUCUCAAAGACUUUUAAGAGUAACAUGUGUAUAGUAUGUAACACAAGGAUUUGUCACAAAUUCCCAUCCAUGUUUAUGAGUACUGUACAAAUAAUUACUACAUGAGGAGGUGCCAUAUAUCUGUAAUAUUUCUAACAACAUAUCUAUGAUGUCAGUGUGUGCCAUAACCAGAGUACGGUUAAGGGGGCCUAAUCAAGUUGGGUUCCAUCAGAAAAAUCAGAGUUGAGGCCGACAUUCAAGGUCACUGAUUUGUCAGUUGGCUCGGAAUCGCUAUUAGCAGCCAUGGCAGCCUCUGUACCUGGGCUUGUUUCAAUCGACAACUACGUAUACACAUGUGCAGAUCAUUUGGUUGGCGAUUUGUACCAAGUCCCAGUCGAUUGUACAUAGAUAUUGCUACUAAAGUCCUCGGUUACAAACUUAUGUUUUCUCCUUCAGUUUGGUAAAAUUCUACAAUGUUUGACUUUAUUAUCUUGGUGCAAUUUUAUAGAAUUAAAUGUUUGUUUCCUCAAACAUGUAAAAAAAGAAAAAGGAAAAAAAUAUCGGUCAUCAUACAUAUAUCAUACAUAUAUGUCUGAUAUUUGUGUUGCUUUAAAAAGUCCAAAUGUCUCAUGCAAUUACGUUUUUUAUCCAUUGUCUGUCAAGAAAAAUCAAAACUGUGAAUUACGAAUGUAUAUUAUAAUAGCAAAUUGAAUAUUUUAGAAUCAUGAUACAGUAGAUAUAUACACACUAUAGGGAAAGUCCAAAUACAUGUAGACUCAAUCUAAUUAAAAUUAGACUUGUAAUUUCCGUUCCUCUACGAUACACUGCAAUACAAGAUCUAACGAUGCCCCGUAGGAGUUCAUCUCAGCAUGACCUUUGAGCUCAGCCAAUCAGCGUGUCGCCUAUGAAAUUUUCGGUGUGAUUUCAUUCUUCGGAAGUAUAAAUACUUACGUAACGUUCCCGGGGUAUUCCGAUGGUCGAUAGUAACGGUAAACAACAUGGCUUCACCCAUUCCACCUCACCGAGAACACUCCAACAGAUUUAUAUUUUUACAAACGCGUGCUGCCUGUGAGAUUUUUCAUUAAUCAUACAAAGAGAGAGAGAGAGAGAGAGACAGUGAGGACAGCAGCGUCGUGUAAAAAUAGUUUGGUAGGGAAUAACGUGUACGGUAACGGUUUUCGAAAUCCGGUUGCCAACACAGUCCGUCCUGUUGACUAAGACAAUAUAUAGGCCUUAUCGAUUUCUGUUCUUCUUUCAAUGUAACGCCCAGGGAUUAGCAACUUUUUUUUAUUAUCGUAGCCAUUUGAGUAGUCUACGAAAGUUUGUGAAAUUUUGCGUAUUUCAAAUCAAGCGCUGAUUUGAGUCUCCAAUAAUAAGGAGACGCAACCGAAGGCUCGUAUAAGGCUGUUUGUCAUUGGUUGACUGAUGACGUCAUUGAACAAUUAUCAUUGGCUUAUAUUUAAAGCUCAAAGGUCAUGCUGAGAUGACCUCCUACGGGUGUUGUUAGAUCUUGUAUUGCAGUGUAUCGUAGAGGAACGGAAAUUACAAGUCUAAUUUUAAUUAGAUUGCAUGUAGACUGUAACAAAUUCUCAAGUCCCUGCGUGAAGAAUUUUUUUUAAAGAUAUUUUAGGAAUUUCGGUGGGCUAUAAUCAAAGAAAUAUGCAUAAUUGGGCUGAAAAGCACCGUAAACUAAGAAAAAACUAGCUAAUCGAUCUUAAUUUACUUCAGAUACAGUAAUCAGCUUUAUAGAUCAUACUUAGAGGUAUAGAUUUUAUUCGACUCUUGAAUUAAAAUGUUAAAAAAGGACAAGGGAGUUUGACACAUUCUAGGUAUUCGACACUAUUCAUGUUUUCAGACAUGACAGGGUUAGUUUAACAUGUCCUGUGUAGUUUUGUUUGUUUUAUGAUAAUACCAUGUUUUAUGAUAAUACCACAGUUUUAUGUUGCAAAAAGGUGAUAGAUCAAGGCAGAUAUAUUUUACCAGGUUCAAUUUUGACUGUUUUUAUCACUUCAAAUGUAUAUAAAGAUUUGUUUCUUUACAAUAAAUGCUUACUUUUGAUAAUCAUAAUGAUGUAUACAAAUAUUUUAUGAUGCAGUAUGUAAUUCUGAAACCUAAUCUCUCUUCUGACUGAACUCUUGUUUUUUUCUUCAAAAUUUAAAUUAUAACGUUGUGAAAAUUGCCAUUAAUUUUGCUUCCACUUUCAUACGAAUUUUGGAGAAGUGAAAUUUCAAUUGAUUUAAAAAAAAAAAAAAAAUUCACUUAAUGUUUGAAUUAUUUUCAUAAGCUGCCUGUUUAUCAAGCAAAAUAUUGCUUCUCAUAUUCUUCCCAAUGUAAUUGGACUACAUAAUAAACUUGAUAAAGAUUACAUUGAUGUCCUUAAUUCAGUUUAGAUAUUUUUGACAAAUUCUAAAUUCUAUUGGGACAUUUUAAGGCAUGUACAGUUUAAAUAUUUUUGACAAAUUCUAUAUUCCAUUGGGACACUUUCAGACAAAUGUUGUACACACAUUCUUGAUAUUGUCAGAUGGUAUGCAUAGUAAGGCAGCAUACACCCUUAAGUUUAAAAAUGUUUAAACAAAGCCAAAAUAGUGACUAUCUUGACAAUUGUCAUUUGUGAUUUUCAUGUAAUAACAGUAAAUAUUUUGCAACAUUAAUUUUACGCAGAUUAUCUAGUCAACCUACCAAUAUUUUUCGCAUUAAUCAUUAUCUUGGAAGUUUUCACCAGUGGUGGUGACAGUUUAAUUUUUUAUGGACUACUGGUAGUUUAGUUUAUUUCCUUAAAGGGGCAUUCCUUCGUUUGGCCAUCAGAAACAUGCACAAUUUCUAUUGCUGAAAUCUUUAUCCCAACUAUGAUAAUAUGAGUGUUUGUGCCUACAGUCCCUGUGGCAAUUUCAGACAUUAAAAGCUGUAUAUUCUUGUGAAAAAUGUGAAAUCAUAUUUUGAUAACAGUACCUCAGUGUACAUUUUUUUCAUUUUGUCUUAAAUGAUUAAACAUACUGUACUAUAUUUUUAUUUUGUUUUAAGAGAUUAAACAUACCGUAAUAAUAAUACA